UAUUCUUACAUUUGUCCUUGUACUUAUCAGAAACCCAACACCAUUUUAGAGAAAGAUACAAAAACUAACCACACGAACACACUGACUCAAUAAUCCAGCCAUGAAAUCUUUAUUACUAAAUCCAAAACCCAUUAAUUCAAUUAUUUUUCCAUCAAAAACUCAAAAUUCACCACGCUUUAAUCCUCAUCCAUUCCCUAACCUCCAUAUCCAAUCUCGCCACAGGUGGAUUCGCCGAAGAAACCUUUCAACGGCGGUGAAGGCGGUGUUGGAUUCAGCAACCGUCGAGCAAUUCGGAAUUCCGGAAUUCGACUUUCGGAAUCCUUCGUUGUCGUCUUCGUAUCGGAGUUCGAAAUUGACUAGGCCGAAUCAAACUGUGUUGGAUGCUCAAACCAGGGUUUGUACUGGUCCAACGCAAACCAAACCGCUUGAUGAAGAACAAGCCUUCAAGGUGUUUGAUACAAUUCUUAGAUCAGCUAGGGGAGAAAUUAAGGAUGAGGAAGAAGUUUCCAAAGCACAAAUGGGAGCAUUUUUUGCAGCGAUGACGAUUCGUGCGAAUGCCUUUCCAGAGGCAACACAAUGGAGUGAAGGGGAAAUGCGUGCAAUGAAGACGUUCUGGCCACUUCUAGUUAGAGUGCUUCCACCUGACAUAGUGUUUAUAGCUGACCCUGAAGGAUUGAUGAUGGGUUUGGGAAGUUCGAUUGGACCGCAGUUUGUUGGCAAUGGCACUAGCGAAAUGAGAUUGGUUGGUGCUCUUAGGGAGGUGUUGGCUGGUGGCCAUCUAGGAUUUGAGGAAGUCCAAGGUGUGUUGAAGGAAGUUCUUCCCUUCCAAGAAGAGGGUGAAAAGCCUCAUGGAGCAAGUGAGGCUUUGCUUGCGGCAUUUUUAAUUGGUCAGCGCAUGAAUCGGGAAACUGAUCGCGAGUUAAAAGCAUAUUGCCUCGCAUUUGAUGAGGAAUUUGGCCCCCCUCCUAUUGCCGAUGUCAAAUCGCUGACCCAUUACGGUGAACCAUAUGAUGGAAAUACUCGCUUCUUCAGGAGUACAUUAUUUGUUGCUGCAGUUAGAUCUUGCUAUGGAGAGUCUUGCUUGCUUCAUGGUGUAGAUUGGAUGCCACCUAAGGGAGGUAUAACUGAAGAGCAGAUGUUGAAGUUUAUGGGGGCAAAUAUAAGCUUAUCCCCAUUCAACGCCAAGAAACUUCUUGAGGAUGAAGAAGUUGGUUUUGCUUAUGUAAGUCAGCGUGAAGCUCGCCCGUCUCUAUACUCUUUAAUUGGGAUAAGGGAGCAUAUAAAGAAGCGCCCUCCACUUGCAACAACUGAAAAGGUUCAGCAAUAUGUAAAGGCAAGUGGUAAGGAAGCUAUUGUUACUGGAUUUUAUCAUGGAGGUUACGAAGAGUCAUUGUUAAUGCUCAUGAAAAGAAGGGGUGUACAUUCUGGUUUGGUAGUGAAGGGAGAGGAAGGAGCCCUCUCGAUGACUACAAGAUUGCGAUCAAGCAUGACAAAGGGAAUUCCGGUGAAUUACUGUUCAGGGUUUCGUUCACUUGAUAUUUCAUCCACAUCUGAACCUGGCGGAGUUACGCGUCAAGGAUUUAGUCUUGAGGUCAAUGCCAAGGAUUAUGGUUUCCAACCCACAGACACACCAAGAACUGAUAGAUCCGUCUCUAGGAACAUUGAAUUGGGUUUAGCAGCUCUAAGUGGAGAAAAAGGACCAGCAUAUGAUCGGAUUGUCUUGAAUGCUGGAAUGGUGGAUCACUUACUUGGUGCUGAAGGUGCAGAAGAUAUAUCCACAGCCCUGGAUAGAGCUAGAGAUGCCAUUGACAGUGGUAAUGCACUGAAACGGCUUUUAAACUAUAUCAAGCUCUCCCACAAAGUUAGUUGAAAUAGUUCCAGACAAGUAUUGCAAAUAACAUUUUACGGACAGUGUGCGUGCCACGUGAGGGAUUAAAAGGAAGAGAAAUCCUCAGAUAAUGAGAAAAUUUUGGAGAGAGCAGAAUUGAUUCAUUUUAUCAAUCAAUUUUAAGGUUUUGGUGGUUCAAUUUUUUUUGGUUUGAGGUUUUGGUUACACCUUUGUAUAACAUUUUACAAUAUGCAUUUUAAGUAAACUUCUGAUUUUCAGUAUUUGAAAUUUGUGCAUUUUGUUUAGAAGUGGAACUUUAGCAAAGUUCUCCAAAUUGUUAAUUAGAAAAUCUGAACCUGUAAACACCAUCUGAACCUGUAAUCACCAACUUAUGGAUCAUAUUUAUUGUAUUUGAUAAUAUGGUGCAAUUGACCUAUUUAUAAGAGUACAUUAUUGAGGAAA